AAAACCAUUAACCACUAUAUACGUUUUGGACUUUUAGGCUUAAAAAAUAUUUUUAUACCUAAAAACUAACAAGUUAUCAACUAACAAGAAAUAAUUUCAUGAUAAUUACUUGAUGUGUAUGAAGUAUGAACUAUGAAGUGUCUUUGUCUAGCCAGUAGCCAUUGUAUAUUAAGUUUACGGUAACAGUAGUCGCAGAAUACCUGACAUUAAUUUUAUUUGACAAUAGUUUACAUAGAACAGAAAAAAGGACGUAAAAUUUAUUUUGUAAUGUGUAAUUUUAUAAAUUUAUAUUGAAAUAGUACCCAUCUAUAUCACUAAAACUAUUAAGUAACAAAUAUAUUGUCAAUGGGUAAAUCCAUAAUAAGUGCUUAAAAUCAUUGAAAAAUAACAAAAAAUUAAUAAUAUAUCUUACAAUACGUAUUUUUCAAUGGUAGAGUAAAAUGACAUCAAUUAAAAAACAAGCUUAUAAGACAUCUAAUCGUGAAGACAAUGAUUCAGACUCCCUUUUGACACCAUGCUUUAAAAUUAAUUCUGAUGUGGCUUUGAAGGAGAUUCCAACAACAGGUGAAGAAUACCUUUUAAAAGUAAUGAAAGAAAGGGAGAAUUAUUCUACUGUAACAAAAUGUAACAAGGACUUUUCCAAGUUUGCUCAAAAUCAGUCAUGUUUUGUUAAAGAGCUACCACAUGCUAAGGCACCAGAUAACUUAAAACCAACUAUUGAAUGGCAAAACAUUCAAGUAGCAGAUUUUUCUGAUGUUCGAAUGUAUGUAUCACGAUUGUUAUUAAAAAAGUCACUAUGGCCCAAUGAUGUGAAGAAAUUAGAAAUAGAUCCAGAUAAUAUUAUUGCUUGGAAAAAAUUAUUUGAAAGAGAUCCAAAACUUUCAUAUGUCCUUGGCCAACACAAUGCAAUGUUAGACCGUGGCCUAGAAAUACUAAUUGAAAUUUUAGAUGGAGUUAAACCUGGUAGCACAAUUAAUCAUAAAACAGGUCAGUGGAUUUAUGCCUUUCUUGCUUGUACAAGACAGCCUCUUCUCUCGGACACAAUUAGUAUUUUAAGGAGUUUAGCUAGAAAAUGUGCAGAAAUAAGAUCUCAGCUUGAUCCCGAGGAUGAACAUUCAAUAACAGCUGCAGUACCAUUAAAUAUAUUUAUAUGCCUUGUGUCCCGAUAUUUCAGGCAGUAUGAUUUAGCUGAUUGAUAAGGAUUAAUGUAAGCAGUAAACUUUAAAUAACAUCAAAUUAUUGGAACUUAUUCCAAAAGUAUUCACUUAUGACACCAUUUUAUGCCAACUGAAAUAAAAAUAUGUUUAAGAAGUAUGUUCUUUAAAGUACAGGCCAGAAUUUUAUAUGAAUAAUGUAAUAAAUAAAAAUAACAUGUCA